ACGGAAAAGAGCGCCGUUAAAAAGGCUGAUUUGUUUACGUUUGGCCGAGGAUUUUCCGCAUUCAGUGUUAUUAUUAUUUCCAAGCAUAAAACAACCUAAUUGUAAAAGUCUAGGCAGUUUAACGUGAUUUCCAGAGGCACAUCAACAUUAAAUAACCUGUUGGCACCCGUGAUGGCACUCCCUAUAAACGUUUCGCAUGUGGGCGAGAGUAUAGAAGCUGCCCUCAAGAGUCAAAUUGUUCCCGAUCAGGAGUUUUUGCUUCAGGGGUCAGUGCUGGAUACUUCCCUUGGGGUGGUCAUCGAUCGGCUUCGAGGCCUGUGUGAUAAUGCAGACAUCCUUCCCGAGACCUUCCAUGACCAUGAGGUGGUGUUCGUGCUCAAAGACUUCAAUGCCAUGUCCACCCCUGGCCCAGCCUCUCAAGGGGUGAUGUUGAGGGUGCGGAGGGCCAUGGACUACCCGGAACUGCCCUACCAACUCAGAUAUGUCGGCUACCCAGAGCUAGGGAACUAUCCAGCUAUUUUGAGGAACUGCUUGGAUGUCCCGGUCAGCAGCAACGUGUGUGAAUUCUUGACCGAGAUGGGAGCCAAGCUUGAUCACGAGUUCAUCGCCAAAGGAUUUAUUAUGAAGAAGGGAAGAAUUAAGGUGACUGUGUUUAAGAUGUACAAGAUGGGCACGGGCAUGGCCAAGGACAACCUGGAGCCCAUGACAAUGUCCCAUAUGGUGGAGCUGAGCGUCCUCACCACCAAGACGGACAUGUCAGUCGCCGAAGACCUCCGAGCCCUGGCCGACCAGCUCAAGCCUCUGGUGCAGCUGGAGAGAAUUGAUUACCGUCGACUCUGACCUUAAUACCGACCACUGCCAACACUUGUGCUCACCCUUCUGUCUUUUUGUCUGUAAUUUUCAUACUUGUACAAGGAUGAGGAAUAAGAGAGGAAAGAGGAGCAGGAGAACGAGGAGCAAAAAUGUAAACUGCAUGUAUCUCUAAGUCUCAUCCCUGUGUCCUUGUCUUCCCUUCGCUGUCUCUGAAGGUUCCUCACCCCUGUCAACUCCCCUUCUCCCUUCCUUCGCUCGGCACAGACGCCACCUCCUCAUCUUGAUAAAAGAAUCGCCAAAGUCAAUUUUUCUACUUUUUGGGAAAUUGAAAUCGAGAUCGGCACAUGCCUAGGCCCCAGUACACUUAGGGAGACAAACACAGGUGUCUUGAAUGUCAUGUAAUGGCAAGAUGGCGCCACUAUAAACACUCGCCUGCGCCAGAACGGGCUGGGCCGACCAUCAGGCCCCACCUGGAAGAAGCCUUGGGCCGACCAUCAGGCCCCACCAGGAAGAUGCCUACCGGCGCGCAACAGGCAACGACGUAAAAAAAAAAAAAAAAAAAAAAAAAUGUAUGGCUCACCCGUCCACUGACUUCAUCCCUCAUCACAUACUGUAUGAUUUUAAUGACUGUAUUCCAUAAAAUAAAACUUUCCAGUGCA